AUGAAUAAUUAGAAAAGUGAAACAAAAAUAAAGUAAAUAGGACAUUAUACCUUUGAUUUUAAUAAAAAAAUAGGAUCUGGAUAUUCAUCAAAAGUUUAUUUGGGCGAAAAUUUAUAAAAUAAAUAAAUAGUUGCUAUUAAAGUAAUUAGUUCUCAGACAUACAUAUCUCCAAUAUAAAAAUCCUUGCUAAAAAAUGAAAUAUCCAUUCUUUUGAGAAUAGAUCAUCCACACUUAUUGAAAGUAUUUGAAGUAAGUCAAAGUGCAAAUAAUACAUAUAUAGUAACUGAAUAUUGUAAUGGAGGAAAUUUAGAGUAGGAAAUGAAAAAAACUGAAUUUCCGCUCCCUAAAGUUUUGUCAAUUUUAAAAUAGAUCUCAUUAGGAAUACAAGCUCUACAUGAUAAAAGUAACAAAAAUAAUUUUAAUUUAGAAAUUAUUCAUAGAGACAUAAAACCAGCAAAUAUUCUAAUACAUGAUAAUGUAUAUAAAUUAGCUGACUUUGGAUUUGCCCUAAUUGAAGAUCAAAUCGAAAGUAUUAUUAAAAGAUUCAAUGUUGGCACUCCAUUAUAUAUGGCUCCAGAAAUUCUAAAAAAUAAUCAAUAUUCAGAAAAGAGUGAUAUUUGGGCAUUAGGUAUUAUGGCAUAUGAGCUCAUUUUUAAUUGCAUUCCUCCGUUUAAAGCUGAUAUUAAAAUAUUUCAUGAUGACAUACUAAAGAAAUGUCAAAAAAUAGAUACUAAAUAUCAAGCUAUCAUUUUAAAAUUACUCUUUGGGAUGUUAUAAGUGGAAUCUGAUAAUAGAGAGAACAUUAAUUAAAUUCUAAACCAUCUAUCUUAUGAAAAACCAGAAAAACCAUAAAACUUAUCCCCAAGAAUCCCUUAGCCUUUUAUUAAAUUAUCUUAUAAUUGUGUUCAAUCAAAUCUAAAUUCUCCAUUAUCUACACCGAAAUAUUAAGAAUAAACCAUUUAGACUUAAAGAGUAAAAUAUCACAAAAAAGUUUAAUCUCUCAAUAAACCUUAAACCUAGGACUUAAUAAAUUUCUUACCCUUAAAUAAGUUUUAAAUGGUUCAAGACAAACUCAAUUAUGUAUCUGAUUUCAAUAAUACUUUAGAAGAUCAUCCUAAAACCCUUUCACAAACAUCAGCCAAAAAUAAAAUUCAUAAAAAUAAUGAAUAAAUAGGGUAAUUUUCAACUGAAUGCUCUUUCUCUGCUCUCAACAAUAAUAAUAAUAAUAAUAAUAAUAAUAAUAAUAAUUAUUAAUAAAAUAAUGUUAGAUUUAAGAUUUAAUAGACUUAAUUACCAGCAAUUGUUCUUCCAACAUACAAUUUUUGUUUAUUUUUAGAAAACAUCAUUAAUAAUAUGGAUUGUAAAACUGAACAAAAAUAAAAAUGCAAUUUUCUAUUUAGAAAAUUAUUAGCUAUCAAGGCCAAAGCCUUCUAUUCAUUUGCACCUAAAACAAUUAAAGAAUCUUUGGGUUAAUGGAUUAAUUAAUUAAAUACUUACUAUGAAAAAGUUUAACAUACGCUAAAUUUCACUUUUGAUAACACUUUUCAAAUAUUUUUCAACAAUUAGUAAGAGGAUUAAGGUAAAUUAUUGAGUAUGUAUUUAAUAAGUCUUAUGAGUUAAAUAAAAGAAUAAAAUUCAGAUUUCGAAAUAUUGAUUGAUAUCUUAUAAGAAAAUGUGAAACAUCAGAAUGAUCCUUUUCUAUUUGCUAGAAAAUGGGCACACAAUCAAUUAUAAUGA